UCAUGCUUAAAUAAAGCUUCCAGGUGCAGCUAUCAUUAUGAGUGAGACCCAUGUAAAGUUAAAAGUCCUCCAGUUUUCUGUUGCAUUUCAAAUUGAAAGUGAUCGAAGAAGGACGCACCUCUGACUGUUUGACUCCCGCGCAAUAUGGCGUCGCAAACAGCAGAGACUACGGUGACAGAUUUAGGAAUCGAGGUGAUAAACAAAUCAAACGAUGGAGGUAGAAAUCCAGAAGUUAAAAAAUAUCGUCGCAAGAACAUUAUCCACUUGUGGGAAUUUUUGUUGGAGCUUCUCGCCAACGACAAUUUGUGUACGAUAAUCUGCUGGAGUAGGAAAGAGUUCAAAGAGUUUCAGCUUAAAAGACCCGAGGAAGUGGCAAGAAGAUGGGGUCUGCUAAGAAGAAGGAGGAAAGGAAUGAAUUAUGAGAAACUUAGUAGGGCUUUGCGAUUCUAUUAUGGUCAGGGAAUAAUUCAAAAGGUUCCCGGCCAGCGUUUUACGUACAAGUUCGACAAAUUACCAUACAGAUACGAUCCAGAAGUUUCACAAUCAUGGUAUCAAGAACGAAAGAAAAUAUCAUCUGAUAAAUCUACAUCCUGUUUAUCAGGACAAUCAUUACUCUCGUCUUCAUUUAAGCAGUCAACACUUGCGCGUGCCCAGAUCCCUUUGGGGAGUAGCAGCUCUCCAUCUCUCAUACCCAGUGCUGCUCGGUCGACAAAAGCAAGCCAAGUGACAACUCAACGACUUUCUCCCCAAAUAUGUAUUUCUUCAAAUCUGAGUAAAAUAACAUUGAAAGCUUCUGUUCCUUUACUCUUUCCAAAGCAAGAUCUUCUGAAUUUUCCAACUAAGUCUAUUCCUGUGUCAGUGAUUAAGCGAAUUGCCUCCAAUCCAUAGCCAAUAAAUAAACUGUUGAUUUUAUCAUUGGUUGCUUUUCUUGUGAUAUCUGAGACUCUCAACGAUCAACUGGAAGCUUUUCUAAAAGUUUCCACCAAAGGUAACAUACACAA